AUGUCGGCCCCAACACUCGAGUACGGCUUCAUCGUCAGCGUCGUAUGCUCAUAUGUUUACAACAACCUCCGAGCCUCCGUCUUCAUGAACGUCAUCAUGUACUGCGCCACGACCGGGAACAGAGCCGACCCGCAGGAGUGGACCAUGCUCGGUACAAAAUUACCACUCCUUGCAUAUUCACCAACGGACUUUUGGAUCAACUGGCAUAUUCUCUUCCGUUACGUCUGGGUCGAUCUUGGGUUUAACCCUGUGAAGCGGUUCUGUAUUAAGCAUCUAGGCCCGGAACGGUUGGGUCGUCGUGGUUCGCCGUGGGCUCGUGAGACCCCUCCCGUCUAUGCGGUCUUCGUCUUGUCCGGAGCCAUGCACGGGUACAUUGUCUAUGCGCUGUGGAGACAGAACGGGUGGAGCCAGAUGGCAUAUUUCAUGAUUCAGGCUACGGGCGUUGUUGUCUCCAAGGCGAUCCAGGAGUUUUAUCGGAAAGGCGAUCCAGCGAGCGUAUAA